GUCUCUCUCUCUCUGUUCUCUCUGCCGUCUCCUUUCUCCCUGUUUUUUUUUUAUUUUUUUCUUUUUUCUCAGAGAGAACAAAAACAAAUAUCACAGCAACCAAAACAGAUUCGUUCCUCCUAUUACUUCGUCUUCUGAGUUCUUCUUCUCAGAUUCAGCUUCUCCUUUUUUUUUGUUUAUUUAUUUCCACACUUUUUUUUCUCUCUGGCAAAAAAAAGGAACCUUUGUUUUGUUUUCGAAAUCAGAGGCUUUGAUUUUGACAUGGUGGUGAUGUGAUUUGAGAGAUUUCAGGGUGUCAUCUUGUAAAUUUCCCAAUUUGGUGGUUACUCGUUUGAUUCUUUGUAAAAACAUGGAGAAGAAAGAAGAAGGUGAAAGCUGGAAAGAGAUGGUGAGAAAGAUGCUUCCACCUGGAGCUCCUUUACCUGAGAACCCAUCUGAGUUUGAUUACUCCAUAGCUUUAGAGUACACUGGUCCUACUCCUGUCCACGAUAUCCCUAGAGUAGCACCUCUUGAGGUUACUUCUCGUGUGAACAAUCCCAUCCCUUUACCUGUUUCUCGUAUAGCCGGAGGAGUCACAAGCUCUUCAGGUCAGAGCCCUAGAGGUUCACCAGCUAGCUCUGAGUCUGUGGUCUCUGUGUUGCAUAAUAACCCUGAGUCAUCAUCUGGCUCAGCUUCUGUAUCACCAGUUUCUGGUCAUCAUAGGCAGAAUGGGAAUCAGAUUCGGAGACCUGUUGUGAAGUUCAAACCUGUCGAUGAUCAUGAUCAGGUAGAAGGUAGAGACGCUGCUGCAGAGGAGGAGAACAAUGUGGAGACAGAGAGGGAGAGGGAGAGGAAGGUACAUGAGUUUACGAAUAGGAGUAAGAAGAAGAAUAAGAAGAAGAAGAAGAGAGAGUGUUAUAGAUGUGGGAAAGCAAAAUGGGAAAAUAAAGAAACUUGUAUUGUGUGUGAUGAAAAGUACUGUGGGAACUGUGUUCUUAGAGCGAUGGGUUCGAUGCCUGAAGGAAGGAAGUGUGUGAGUUGCAUCGGUCUAGCGAUUGAUGAAUCGAAACGGUCUAAGUUAGGGAAGCAUUCGAGGGUAUUGUCACGGUUGCUUAGUCCGUUGGAAGUUAAACAGAUAAUGAAAGCGGAGAAGGAGUGUACUGCUAAUCAGUUGAGACCAGAGCAGCUGAUUGUGAAUGGGUAUCCGUUAAAGCCUGAGGAAAUGGCUGAGUUGCUUAAUUGUCCUUUACCACCUCAGAAGUUGAAACCUGGUAGAUAUUGGUAUGAUAAAGAAUCUGGUCUAUGGGGCAAGGAAGGAGAGAAACCUGAUAGAGUAAUAAGCUCGAAUUUGAACUUCACGGGGAAGCUGUGUCCGGAUGCUAGCAAUGGGAACACUGAAGUUUAUAUUAACGGUCGGGAGAUCACAAAGCUUGAGUUAAGGAUUUUAAAGCUAGCAAAUGUACAGUGUCCACGAGAUACUCAUUUUUGGGUAUACGAUGAUGGGCGUUAUGAGGAAGAAGGGCAGAAUAAUAUCCGAGGAAACAUUUGGGAGAAGGCAUCUACGAGGUUUAUGUGUGCACUGUUUUCUUUACCUGUUCCUCAAGGACAACCUCGCGGAACGGUACAACCACCGAGCAAUUAUGUUCCUGUUCCGAAUUAUAUAGAGCAUAAUAAGAUUCAGAAGCUUCUACUUCUUGGUAUUGAAGGGUCUGGAACUAGCACUAUCUUCAAACAGGCCAAGUUUUUGUACGGGAACAAGUUUUCAGUGGAAGAGCUCCAAGAUAUUAAGCUGAUGGUACAGAGCAAUAUGUAUAGAUAUCUCAGUAUCCUACUUGAUGGAAGAGAACGAUUUGAAGAGGAAGCUUUAUCUCAUACUAGAGGUUUAAGCGCGGUUGAAGGAGAUUCAGGAGGCGAGGAAGCAAAUGAAGAUGGAACUAUCACUACACCACAAUGUGUAUAUACCUUGAACCCGAGGUUGAAGCAUUUUUCGGAUUGGCUUCUAGAUAUUAUAGCAACUGGUGAUCUUGAUGCGUUUUUCCCAGCCGCAACACGUGAAUACGCUCCCUUGGUUGAAGAAGUUUGGAAAGAUCCAGCGAUACAAGCAACAUAUAGACGAAAAGAUGAGCUUCAUUUCCUUCCUGAUGUUGCGGAGUACUUCUUAAGCCGGGCCAUGGAAGUAUCGAGCAACGAAUAUGAGCCUUCGGAGCGAGAUAUUGUAUACGCGGAAGGUGUUACACAAGGAAAUGGUUUAGCUUUCAUGGAGUUUUCUCUCAAUGAACAUAGUCCAAUGUCUGAAUCUUAUCAAGAAAACCAAGACGCAUCUACAUCUCCGCAGCCAAAGUACCAGCUUAUCCGCGUAAACGCAAAGGGGAUGAACGAUAGCUGCAAAUGGGUAGAAAUGUUUGAAGAUGUACGAGCAGUCGUCUUCUGCAUCAGCUUAAGUGAUUAUGAUCAGAUAAGCAUUGCACCUGAAAGCAGUGGAACAGUCCAGUUUCAGAACAAGAUGAUCCAAAGCAAAGAACUUUUCGAGUCAAUGGUUAAGCAUCCGUGUUUCAAAGACACACCUUUCAUCUUGAUCCUAAACAAGUACGAUCAGUUCGAGGAAAAGCUGAACCGUGCGCCGUUGACAUCUUGCGACUGGUUCAGCGAUUUCUCUCCCGUGAGAACGAACAACAACGUGCAGUCACUUGCUUACCAAGCUUUCUUCUACGUAGCGAUGAAGUUCAAGCUUCUUUACUCGUCUAUCACGGGUCAGAAACUGUUUGUGUGGCAAGCUAGGGCUAGGGACCGUGGGAAUGUGGAUGAAGGGUUUAAGUAUGUGAGAGAGGUUUUGAAAUGGGAUGAAGAGAAGGAAGAGAGUUACUUAAAUGGUAAUGGAGAAGAUUCAUUUUAUAGUACGGAUAUGAGUUCUUCCCCAUAUAGACCGGAGGAAACUCUUGAUUCAUGAUUUGUUGUGUUAUUUUAAACAUUAAGUAGAGAGAUGAUGUGGGAAGAGGAAGAAUAAAAUUAUUUGUAAUCUUUGUGUUAAAUUCGGUUAUUGGUUCGUAGAAUUUUUUUUGUUUGAAUGAAAUAAGGUUUUGUAAA